UUUAAUAAAGUAUGAUUCAAGCUAGUGCUAAACGAUUGAUACGUGCUUUAAAUAUUAAUUAUGUGCGGCGGCUCAAUACUGAGCAGCUGGACAGAUCUACUGAGGAUCCUGUGCAAUUACCGCCUUUUACUGAGGAACAACGCGUACAAAUCUUAAAAGUCGUUAAUGCAACAUCCAUAGAGCAGCUAUUGAGCUACGACAUCACCAAAGCUCGCGCAAAUAAACUGCACAACUGGAAAUCGCGCAAUGGUCCAUUGCGUGAACUCAACGACAUAUUCCAUGUAGAGGGCUUUGGACUCAAGGCAACUACUAAAUUUUACAAGAGUCUGUUAGAGCCAAGCUCAAGUCGCAGCAGCCAAAAUGAAAAACCCAUUAGAGUGGCGCCAUUUAUAACGCCUACGAUAGAUGAGCAGCAACGUCAGAGCAUCUCUUCUAGUGUAUCCGUGCGUAUUGGUGUGACCAGCAUAAGUUGGGCUCGACUGGAGCUGCCAAGAAAGCAGGAUAUACCUUGCGUACUCACUCACUGGCAGCAUCAUGAUAUAAACGAUAAGAAGCUGCACCUAGGUGAGCUGGUCCGGCGUUGUCUUUACGUUGCGCAUCAGAUUCCACACGCAGACUGCUAUAUUUUGGAGAGCCCCCAGAUGGCACAGGCCAGCAGCAAUCCGGGCAGCAUCGAUCAACAAAAUGUGAACAUCCAAAAGGCCCAGAUUACGGCCAUGCUGAGUUAUGCGUUACGAGCACGUGCCAGCCCUGAAGAUAUCAGAACUAAUUUGUUUUACUUACGACGUUUUCUAACGGCUCGUUUAUUUAAUCAUUUGGUGGGCACGGAACGUGUCUCCUCAGAGGACACAAUUCUGGGCAUGAUGCGCACGUAUUAUAAUAUGAAUGAGCAACCAGCUGAUGGAAAACAAAGCAAUCUUAGUAACCAGGUGCAGUUCUCCUCAAAUCUACGCUCUAUGUACUCCAAUAUAGAACGAUAUCAACGAGAGAUGCUGGGUCAGGCUUUUCUUUUGAAUUUGGCAUUUGUAAGACUAGUUCUUCUCCAGGAUCCGUCUAGCAUUGCUAGUGUGUCACGCAGCUCCAAAAAACUACCCUGUACUGAUCAGGAAGUUGACUGAAACAGUUUUAUA